GCCUGUAGCCAGAAGGGGGCGCUGUGUCCGUUUCACAGUUGUCACCCUUUCUCUUGAUGAGUAAACCCCGCUGCCAUCUUUAGCAAAUAACUUCGUUACACUGUUUGUGCGUCUGUCAGCCAGUGUGUGUGCGCGCUCGCCAUGUUUUUUUUUUAUUUUUAUUUUUAUUUUUUACGUCAAACUAUAUCGUUAAAUCUUUCCUCUGCUCUUCAGGAUCCAUACUAAUUGGAUGGCUGUCAGUUUUGACAGGAGUACCCCAGAUUAAACGGGUUCAGGCAGGAGAGGCCAUUAAGUGGACACAGUGCAUUGAUAUAUGUAGGCUAUACUCUGAAGAGAAAGUGACAGACACAGCACACUUAAUUGACUUCUAAUUGCUCAAAGGCGGGGAGAAGCCUUCCAUGUUGGGCACCAAAAAAAAGCAGGGAAGAUGGGCCGUUUCUGCUCACGAAUCUGUUGAAGUGGGGUCGGAAUGUCCUCAAAGAAAACUGAUCCGGAUUCAUUUUAAGAUAGUCGUUUUUUUCUUUUUAAUUAAUUUAUAUCUCUACAGUUUUCUCCUUCGUAAACAGGGGCACGGUUAGGGCGGUUUCAUCCCCCUCAGCCGCGCAAAAACUCUCUUCUGUGGAGCAAAGUUAAUUGCGCUUGUAAGGUAAAAUGCCGGCUGGGCAGAGAGUGACAGCGGGCAAAAGGCCACAUGAAGUAUGGCUGCGCAAUUAGGCAGCUGUUACGCACUGAGUCUGAAGGAGCGGGGGGGGGGCGCCACGUGAAGCAUAAAACUCCACAAUGUAUUGAUUAUUUAAUGUGUCAAAAUGUUCCCUUUAUAUUAAAAUUCAUAUCACGUCAUUUAGCAGUUUAAAAAAAAGAAGCAGGUUGCCAAUCCAUCUCCAUUACUGAGUAAAAUAAUCUCUCAGCUCUCUCAGUAAGAUCAGCCAGUACACUGUGACGUGUUUCCGUGCAAGGUGCUCAUUAAGAGAGACGUUUGGUUUCUCUGACGUGUGUAUCAGUCCUCUGACGGCACUCCCCCCCCCCCCUUUAUAAGCCUCGGUAACUCACCCGGGAGACCUCCACCAACAUCUCAUUUAACUGUUCCUGGCAGUGCAAAGGGCGGACGAGGCUCUUAAUAAACCGUCGGACUGUUCUGCUCGCCGUUCCCUGCCUCGGGUGGCCCCUUCACAUGACUCUAGAAACACUUGAGGUCUCCAUGCCCUCCCGUUCCUAGCGGAAGACCGGUGCGACAAUGACCAUCCAUGUAGAGGGGCUUGUGGCUAUCGCGGUCUUCUAUCUCCUGAUCCUGUUCGUGGGGAUCUGGGCGGCAUGGAAGAACAAACACUCCGGGGAGGCGGAGGGCACCGACCGCAGCGAAACCAUCAUGGUCGGAGGGAGAGACAUCGGGUUAUUUGUCGGUGGAUUUACCAUGACAGCGACCUGGGUUGGAGGAGGAUACAUCAAUGGCACAGCUGAGUACGUGUAUCUACCGGACUAUGGCUUGGCCUGGGCACAAGCUCCGUUUGGAUAUGCCCUCAGUCUUGUCGUGGGUGGUCUCUUUUUUGCUAAACCCAUGCGCUCACGAGGUUACGUCACCAUGCUGGACCCGUUCCAGCAGCUGUAUGGGAAACGCAUGGGCGGCCUCCUCUUCAUACCAGCACUCAUGGGUGAGAUCUUCUGGUCCGCUGCCAUCUUAUCUGCCCUUGGUGCUACUCUGAGUGUCAUCGUGGACAUCAACAUUAAGAUGUCAGUGAUCAUCUCUGCACUCAUUGCAAUCUUUUACACCCUGGUUGGAGGACUUUACUCUGUGGCCUACACAGAUGUUGUGCAGCUCUUCUGCAUCUUUGUCGGCCUGUGGAUCAGCGUCCCCUUCGCUUUGACCAACACUGCGGUGUCAGACAUCACUGUUACUGCAGUGAAGCAGGUGUACCAGUCACCCUGGAGAGGCAGCAUCCACAAGAGCGAUACCUGGGUCUGGAUCGACAACUUCUGCCUCCUGAUGCUUGGAGGAAUACCCUGGCAGGUGUAUUUCCAGCGAGUCCUGUCUGCUUCCUCGGCUACCUACGCUCAGGUCCUCUCCUUCCUGGCUGCUUUCGGGUGCCUCAUCAUGGCUGUGCCCUCCGUUCUCAUCGGGGCCAUAGGGGCCUCCACAGACUGGAACCAGACAACGUAUGGUGCCAUUCCUCCUAAAAAUAAGAACCAAGCAGACAUGAUCCUGCCCAUCGUUCUCCAACACCUUUGCCCACCAUUCGUCUCUUUUUUCGGGCUGGGUGCAGUGUCCGCAGCCGUCAUGUCAUCUGCAGACUCUUCCAUCCUUUCAGCAAGCUCCAUGUUUGCAAGGAACAUCUACCAGCUCGCCUUCAGACAAUCAGCUUCUGACCGUGAGAUCGUUUGGGUGAUGCGUAUCACCAUCUUUGUGUUUGGUGGCCUUGCCACCUUGAUGGCACUAGUAACCGGGACAGUUUAUGGCCUGUGGUACCUGAGCUCAGACCUGGUUUACGUCAUCAUCUUUCCCCAGCUGCUCAGCGUCCUCUUUGUCAAAGGCACCAACACGUAUGGCUCGGUGGCCGCCUACCUGUUCGGUAUGGUGCUGCGCAUAGGUGGAGGUGAACCCUACCUGCGAUUGCCUCCUUUCAUUUACUACCCUGGCUGGACCACUGAGUUGCGGAUGGACAACAUGACUGGAGAAAUGGAGGAAGUUGUCAUCCAGAAAUUCCCCUUCAAGACCAUUUCAAUGCUCGCCUCCUUCGUGGGAAACGUUGCUUUCUCCUACCUUGCAAAGUACCUGUUUGAGAGCGGCAAGAUUUCGCACAAAUACGACUUUCUCGACGCAGUGGUGUCCAAGCACAGCGGAGAGAUUAUGGAUAAGACAACGCUUGUAAGUCGUGGCAACAACAUCGGGCUGUCGGAGAUGGCGCCUGUCAAACCGCGGCUGAGCGUGACCUUGACGGCCGCCUUCACGCGCCGUGACACGCUGCCGACUGAAACAGUGGAAGAAGAGGAGGAGUCCAGCCCUGACUCCUCUCACCAUGAUGAAGAAUGACAAACUCAAAGUGUGACUUGUGACAGAGAACAGGUCACUCUGUUAGAAACUCCAAAAAGAAGUAACAAUUAAGAGACAACAAGCAACCGUCCUCCCUCUGGACUAUAAAGUACCACAUCCUGCUUGUGGUGAUUGGAUAACAGCCAAUUGUCAGGAUAUGUACUGUAGUGUAGCAGCUUGCUGAUUGUCUGGAUAUGAAGUUGAAAUACAUCAAAAAAAAAUACACACAUACACUCUUAUAGAUAGUUCUUAUAGAUAGUUGGGUGUACUGUAUAUUCAUCAUUUUUUGAACUGGUUUGUAGAUACUUUACGAAAACUUUGUUCAGUGACUUUUUUUCAGUUUGUUUAAGUCCUUUUAUGUCAUUAACGAAAAGGCAGAUCAGGAUGCAGAUGAGAUAAGAUAAGCUGCACAUCGAGGAAAUAUUCGAUCAGAAAUAUGACAAGGAAUUAAACAGUUACAGGUACUUUAUAAGCAGCGACUUACAGCACACCCAUAAUUUGGAAGGAGUUAUUUAUUUAGCAAGUAUGUACCAAGUAGAUAAAAGCAAUAACACACACAUACACACACACACGUUGAACACAGCGAUAAUUAUGAAAAUCAGAUUGUGAGAGAGUGAAAGUGAAAUAAAUCAGCAACAGGAAAUGAUGGAGAGAAGGAAAUUUUCAAACUUCAGUCCGUCAUAUCAAGCCAGUUAUUUUAUGUCACAUGUAACCAAAUUCACAUUUGUAGCACUGAAUUAACUAUAAUGUCAUUAAGAGAAAUAUACUCAGUGACUUAUAAGUCAACAACUGACACUGAUUUUGUUUCAUACAGUUUUUGACAGGCAAUCAUUUCUCUCAUCUACGUUAUUAUUAUUAAUGAUCACUGACUCAAGAGGGAAACAAUCCAUGUAUCACGCUGAGUAGAAAAUAUACAAGCAGUAGUGAUGGUAGUUGACUUGAAGCAUUAAUUAAUGUUCUCUUUAAUGUCAGUUUUAAUCAUAAGAAAUCAGUGUAAAUUAGUGUUCAAAGUUUAAAGUUGUGUAUUUUAACUGCCUUAAUGAAACCUGUGAGAAAAGAUACAUUUAAUGUCCACAGUUGUGACUGGACUUUGGUCAAACUGCAGCGAACAAAGACUUGAAUAUGAAUGUAACCUCAACAAAAAGAUCUAAUUAUAUCAAGUAGUGUACUUUCAACUGCUGUUUGUGAAUAUUUUUUGUUUGUGACUUCGCAAAGCCAAACAAUAACUGUUGCAGAACAAAGCGGUUCUGAUUUACAAUUCUGUUCUUUGUUGUUCACAGCAGUGUACAGAUUAUUUUCUCUGUGUUGUGUGUUUGUAUGAAUAUGGAGAAAAAAGAUCUAUAGAUUACAGAUAAUGCUGGUUAAAAUUUAUUCACAUAAGAUGGAGAGGAUUCUGUCUAAAUGUUUAUUUAUUUUUGAUGUUAUAAAAGAUGAAACAAUAAAAAAAGAAGAAAUUAUUU